UUAAAUUGUAAAAGAUAAUUAUUAAAUUAUUUUAUAUAUUUUUCGUCAUUUCAGAUGAUAUAUAUUUCUAAGGAGAAAAAAAAAUUUUUUUAUGCCCACCCUAAUCUAUAUGUACAUAUACAUACAUAUGUAGUUAAAAUUAAACUCCCAGUCACUGCUUAAGCUGUCUGGUCAGUGUCCAAGAGGGUCUCGUUAGCACCGUGAUAAUGGAUGUCCUUGAUGGUGCAAUUAAGUGUGUAAAUAAAUUCUAAAAUUAAUGAUAGGCUCUACUUAAAUAUAUAAUAGGUAUAUGUGACAACGUGCUCAGUCAAGCUCAGCAAAAUGCUGCCACACAUCGUCAAGAAAUUAAUAAAAUAGUUUAGCAUGCUGGCAUUAGGUUAAUGCGCCUGCGUGAGGAUUGGCCGGAUGAGACCUAGAUGUUAAGAACAAAAAAUAAACAUAAAUGAAAAAUUAGCGAGCAAGUUAAAUAUUGUAGCGAUCCCACAAAGUAGUAAAAUAUACAUACAUAACUUAUAAGUCGAGUUUGUGGCACCAUAUUAUUAUAGAAAGUUCCAUACUUACAGUUUCUUGAUGCUUGGGAUCCAUUUUGGUGGUAUAUCCGAAACACCAAAGGCUCCAAGCUCUGCUGCACUUGCUUUCACUGAAGACACUUUGUUUCAUAGAAGCCGAAAACGAAAUUAAUUUUAAUAACAACUUUUCCUGUUUUUGGCUGAAUCGAUUUCGAUUAUUUUCGCGUUAAAAAUGGUUUACAAAUUGUUUUUUUUUUAAGUCCGUAGUCCAACUAGGGUAGUUUUUAAUCCUCUUACAUCAAUUUGAAAAACAUGGUUUCGAGAAAACGUCGUUUAAAGUUUCCGGUUAAGGUCGGCCGGUUCGACUUACCUUCCACAUUUCAAACAAUUUUUAACACUAGAACUACGAAGAUUUACCAUAUACCUAUUUCAAAUAGGUCUCUCUCUCUGAAAAUUAGAAGCGUAAAAACAAAAUAAUCUUUAAUAUUAUUCAAUGCACUAAUUCAAUAAAAAUCAUGACAUUAUCAAAAAAUAUUAAAUAGGAAUAAAAAGGAAAUGGUAUAAAUAAAUGAUGCAACCGGUAAAUUUGAACGGUUCGUAGUUCUAGUGUUAAGAUCGAUAUAAGAACUUUUGCUACAAUUUUCUUAGAGCAUGUACCUAUCUUUUAAGACAAAAAAAAAUCGAUGUUUUGAUCCUCUUCGGGUGCUCCCCUCUUAAACAGAUAGCAGGAGUUAGAGCGAAAUGUCGACUUCAUUGACUGUAUGCUGCCAUUCUUAUUAUGGUAUAUUCUUGACCACAAUAUAUUAAAAACAGACCUUACACUCAGAACAUAGCGAUCGGUGCCUGUGUUAUAUCGUAUGAUUGCUCUGAAUUCGCGAUGGGGUCCGUGAUCGAUUAGCCACAAAAAUUAUCGAUAGAUAUCUGAACGUCAUAUCAGAAUGUCAUCUUAAAUUAAUAGAUUACUUACUUAAUCAAAAAUUUAAUCAAAAUUAUGAAAACAGUUUAUAAUUAAAUAUCAGGAAGUAAGCACAAUAAAAACUCUUAUCACUAUUUCAUGUGUACAUAUUUAUAUAGACUUCAACUGCGGCUCGCCAAGACAGAUAAAACUUCACGCAAACAGUUUUAUUUAUAGCUUCUACGUGAUUUUAUUACAGCAAUUAGUAUGUCCGAACUAUUAUUUUAUACUCCAUUAGGUCGUAAACGCCUUUCGUGGGUGCGUCUUGCCAUUGUCAUUUACCAAACGUUAUAUGGACGUGUAUUUAUAUUUGUAUGCAUACAGAUGCAUAGGCAUAGUCAACCGUUUAUGGCUAUUAACGAUCAAUCUAUUUUUAUUAUCGCCGAUUUUUAAGGUGUUGGCAACACUCACAGAACCGCCGGCAUGCACCUCCUCUGCUUUUCAUUCAAUUUCCACGCCAAAUCAUUCAUCAGUCUAGUGUUUGCAUUGAACGCGUGUCAGUAUGUCGGUACAAAAAAUAAUAAUAAAUAAAUAAAUGGAGUGACAACCCACGCAACGGCUAUAGAUUCCUAUACAUACCUGCAUGUGCAUGUAUGUGUGUUUGUUGACUGUCUUUGCCUCUACUUCCUUCUGCUGCGAUCGAUAUCAUCGAUUGUAAGGGGAUACACCAUAUUGUGACGAUCGCACGAGUGUCAGCGCAUAAUUUUAUGUCAUUUUCGAAUCUCCCCCCUUCCCCCUUGCCACACUUGAUUCAUAAUUUCCACGCUGGAAUUUUCAACUAAACGACAAACUGUUGCACAUACACACACAUAUGUAUAAGCAUGUACGUGCAUAUUUGCAUAUUUAUAGCUUUAUGAAUAUGCUUACAAACACACACACACACAUAUAUAUAUAAAUUCUGUAGGCAUUUGUGGCACUCCUUAAAUAUCAAACAAUCGAUGAAUCUUGUCACCGAUCAAAAUGAUUGCAGCAGUUGGUGCGGUGCAUGGUGUGGUGUCCACCGCUCUGCAUGUGGUUCUAAGUAGUGCGCUUGAAGCGUGCGUUCGCACCAGCUGUGUUGGAUUUAUUAAUUUUUUUCCUUUAAUAAUUUUUUUUUAUUUCUAUUUUGUGUAUUUUGUUUUGAAUAUUUUUUGUUUAAUUAUUUUUUACUUUUAUUAUAUCCUGAACAGGGAGCUCAGUUUGCCGCGAAGUUUGUAACGCCAAGAAUGAAACGUCGGAUACCCUAUGUGUAUAUAUAAAUUAUCAACACGACGAGCUGAGUCGAUUUAGCCAUGCCCGUCUGUCCGUCUGUCUAUAUAUAUUUGAACUAGUACCUGUGUUUUUGAGAUACCGUUCUGAAAUUUUACUCAUGUCUGUUUCUUCUGUCGGAACCGCGGGUAUCGGACUACUGUAGCAUAAAGCAGUCAUACAAACUUAACGAUCCAAAUCUAGUCGUUAUAUGCAAAACUUCUGUAUGUGACGAGAUAUCUUAUCGAAAUUUGGCUCGAGUUAUUGCCUCAGACAAUGGUACAUGCUCGGUGGAAAGUGUUCAGUUUUUCCCACUAUUGCAUACAGCUGCCAUACAAAUUGAAUGAUCCCAAUCUAGUGUUUGUAUGUAAUAUUUUGUAUUUGUAAAGGGUGUUAUAGCUUCGGUGCUGCCGAAAUUAAAGUUUUUUCUUAUGUUUUUUUUUUUGCUUUCUUCCAAUUGAAAGAGUGCUUUUGUUCACACUGCAGUACUAUUUGUCAUUGCCGCGUCUUCCGUCGAUUAAAAUUACAUAAAAUACAUAGUACAUGUCCAUGCAUAUGUCUCUAUGUAUGUGGACACCUUUAAUUGCAGUGUAUCUGUAGCGAUAAUUUAACAUGUAGUCGUACAAACAUUAUAUGUACUCAACUUGUUAUGAAUUGUUUACUAUUGUUUUGUUGUUGCUGUUUUUGUAAUAGAAACUACACCGAACACAGCAAAAUAAAUUUAUGUCACGUAUAGUUUGUAUAAGUACUGGAAAACAUACACACACACACACAUACAUUCAAAUAAUAAACGAACAAGGGAGCUCCCUUACUCCAGCGAUUCUCCACCAAUAGUCGAACAAAAACGUUGCCCUUCAAAAACAAAAAAAUAAUAAUAAUAGAAAUUAAAAAAAAGAACAAUAACAACGCUUACACAACACCAAAAACAUACAAAUGCAAUAUGUACACGCAUACAUACACACUAGGGUGAGCCAAAACUAUGCAAUCGAGUAUAGACUUUGCCAAAUUAUCUUAUGAUGAUUUAUUUUUAUUUAUAAGUUCGUCUAUAAAAGCUUUUAAAAUUGAACAAAAAUCAAAAUAUAAUUAAAAAUGUUAAAUAAUACAAUAAACUUAUAAUACAAAAAGUUUAUAAUUCAUAUAUGUCAAAAAUAAAUUUUUAUAUUUCUAUUCUUCCUUGUUUGCUCAAUAUUCUAGCUAAUAUUAUUUAAAAAGUCUGGCGAUAACUCCAGCAGCUCAAAAACUGCUAACAAUAUUUUUGUGAUAAAAUCACUGAUAUCUUUUGAACAAAUCGUAUCAUGUUGUGUUUUCGUUAAUUUAAUUGUUUUCUCGUCUCUUUUCGCAGCAUUAACCUUUUUUCAUUUUUCAAAGGUUUUCAAUAUACCAAAUUUUUUAGUAGAAUAAAAUCUCCCUGAGUAAGUUUUUUUUUUGGAUAUUUUAUGCUCUACAGGAAUCCACAAUAAAAUUUUGUAUCCUUAACGGUUCAAAAGUUGUGCUAUUUUUUAAUGAAAACAUAAUUUUUUAAGUGUUUUUUGUCUGCGAAAUUUUGUAUGCUCAACGACACCUUUUAAAAUUGAGCCAGACAUUUUUUUCUUGCAGGAAUAUUUUUUCUCUGUUUUAGAUUAAUUUUAAGCCAUUCGAUAGGUUAGUUUAUGGCUUACCCUAAUACACACAGUCGAUAAUAGAAGAUAAGUAUUCUCUAUUUGUAUCUUUAUUUUCGCUGAUUCAUUGUCAAUUUUUUGUUGUACGCGACGUGACACGUAGUGUUUUGCGCCUUUCAACUCACUGACUGACUGACUAUUAUUUAUAUAAAGUUUAAAAAUAGGUGCCCAAGCACGCAUUCCGCAGACGUUGUCAGUAUGUAAAUAUAUGUGUGUGCAUUUGCUUGCAACUCCUUUUAACGCUCGCCACUUGCCGCACUCGCUCAUCCGCGGCUGGCCAAAGAGCCAGACAGCGAUGCCGAUUUCAUUUAUUCGCUUAUUUAUUUAUGAAUUUAUUUUUUAUUUUCCGGCAGUCAUUAACAACAAAAGCAAAAAUGAGCCGAAAUGUGCAAAUAGUUACUCGACUGGCGAAAAUAAGUACACUCACAUGCACAUGCACAGAUACGUACAUGCAUACAUAUAUGCUUGUUUAUAUACGGCUUUGUAUGUGUGUUCAUAAUUUGCAUAUGCCAAUGCGACCAUCUCGAAGCGUAUCUCGCAUUCUUACAAUUUUUAAAAACCCCCCCCGGUAGCAUGCCGAGCGUUAAUCUUAGUUAAAGUAUAAUUAAAUUUAAAUACUUAGCACAAGCUUUUAAGUAUAUUUAAAAAAUAAAAUUUAUAUGUGUAUCAAUAGUGCUUUGUUUACUUUCCGUCAACUGACAACGAAGUGAUAACCAACUUUUGUCGUUCGAUUGCACAUACAUACUUAUACAUAAGUAAAUUUAUUUAUUUAUUGUAUAUACUAAUGUACGUAUGUAUUGGUUGUAUGAAGUUAUUUCACAACAAAUUGGGUACUUGUUAUUAUUAUUAAACAAAGAGAAAUUAUAUAAAAAAUACGCUGAGGGUUGAAUAAAUCUGAGAGCUAUUUACCAUUAUACAGUAUACUUUAUUUAUGCCGAUUAUUUUUUUGAAAAUUCUAACGUUCAUGUAAAAAAACAUGUUUAAAAGUAGUAUUCAAAGCAUUGCCCAUCUGAAGUUUUACAUUUUCCUAUCUUUCUAACAAUUUGUGGAUUUUAUUGGCGGGCAAGAAUGAAUCAGAUCCAGUUUUGAUACCCUGACUUGAUGUGAACCAUAUGCCAGUGAAGACAUUCUGCAUCGAGCCGAACAAAUGGUAGUCAGAAAUUUUAGGCUAUAGUGCGACAAAAAUUGCCAGCCGCAGUUUUCCAAAUAGUUUUAAAGCGGUCUUGCAACAUGAGGUCAAGGGUUGUUGUGAUGGAAAAUUAGUGCCUCAUGUUUACUCACAAAUUCCGGGCAUUUUUCGUCAAUCGCUCGCUUCAAUUUGAUCCAUUGUUGUCGGUAGCCGUUCCGAUUAUUGGUUUCACCCGGUUUUAGAAGUUCAUCAUAAAGAGCACGCCAUUCUGAUCUCACCAUAUACCUUGGCGUAUUUGAUAUUCGGGUUUGCUGUUGAUUUGUUUGGUUGGCUAGAUUUUACAUAUGGUUUUUUGCGUUUGGGGUUGUCGUAAUGGAUUCAUUUCACAUCACCAGUUACAAUCUGAUGCAAAAAGCGAAAUUGUUAUUCUUAAAUUAUAUAGUAAAUUUAUAGUUUGUAAAUUAUGUUCGAACUGUUUUAAAGUCCCCAGUUUCCUAAUGAUAUUAUUUGGUGAUUUUUUUCUAAAGGCGGUACAAGAUAUGUAUUUACAUAUAUACCAUAUUCACAAGAUUGAUAAAUGUACUCCAGUCAUUUAUUAUUACAAGGGAUAAUCUAAAAAAAUGUUAGAGGUAGGACCGUAGUAAGUAACGUUUUCAAUAGAUUUGUAGAACGCUUCGUUUGCACUCAAAGUCCACCUUAAAAAUUAUAUUGUUCUAUUUUUUGCUGUAAAGGCAAUUGCUAACGACUUAGAACGAUUCUACAAAGAAAUGUAAAUAAAAGUGGGAUCAUAUUGGAAGUGUGAUUUAAACGUUAAAUACAAUAGAUUACCCAAUGCAUUACUGCUUCUAUUUAAUUUGUUUCCUAUCGUCGUUUUUCUUCCUUUCAUUAAAUUUUUCUGUAAGUUAAAUGGAAUCUUCUUGGUUUACUAGUUUUAUAAAAACUUGGAAAACAAAUUGGGAGUUUCGGCACAUACUAAAAAUAAAUGUAAGAACUUCGGUUACGCUUACGGUUUUGUAUUUGGAGAUUUAUUUUUUACGGUCGAACGAAACCAAGAACAUGUAAAUAAAUUAAUAUAGUUCUAUAUUCGAAGGGUGUACAUAUGUAUGUCACGUUCACCACAAGCAAGUCACCUGUUUAAUAAAUUUGUGUAUGAAAAUACCGCAACUCUAUUAACUGUUGUGUAUAGACUUCCGCUCGCUGACGUGAUUGGCGUAAUUAAAAAGAGGUUAAAACGAUAAAAAAAACAGCGAAUCAUUUAAAAUUAAGGCACACAAGCACAUACAAAUAUGGCUAUCGAAAAAGUUACACUCGCUGAGAAGAACAACAUAACGGUUUACAAUGCGACCACAGCGCCGAAGAAGCCCAAACGACGCGACAAAAGCGAUUUGGGUCCGAAUUUCGUGGCGCCCGAUGGCGGCUGGGGUUGGGUAGUUUGCAUAGCAGCCGGUCUCAGUAACUUCUCACUUUUCCCGCCCCUACAACAAUUUGGUUUGAUCUAUAGGCAGCGCAUGGCUGAUUUGGGUUUCACAGCAAAAGAAACAACAACAAUUAUCAAUGUUGUAAUGAGUCUGUCAUCCGUAGUGGGUAUUGUCAAUGGCGCCACCUUUCGUCGCUUCACAUUUCGGCAAGUGGCCAUUACCGGGAAUAUAUUGGCGUUUAUGGGUAUUUUAUUAACUGCUUGGGCCACAACAUUUUGGCAAUAUAUAUUGUGUCUGUCGAUGCUUUAUGGUUGCGGCUUAGGCCUCAGCAUGGCCGCCACAGCGUUAGCGGUGAAUACAUACUUUAAGAAUCGUCGCCGGCGUGCUACCGGCUUUACUUGGACCAUCACCGGCUUGGGUCCCAUAAUUUUUCCACAUAUUUCCACUAUUUUACUAGUGCUCUAUGGCGCACAGGGUACAAUAUUGAUAUUCGCCGCGGUCACGAUGAAUGCCUUCGUUUGUGCAUUGACAUUGCAGCCUGUUUUGUGGCAUACGAAGAAACCGAAAGCCGCCGUAGAGGAAACUACAAAUGACGCUAAAAAACCGUUGGCACCCGAAAGCGAAGAGGGUGAAUAUAAAUGCAAAUAUUGUCAAUAUAAGCGACAACCAAAACGUAGCAUCUUCGCUUCGCAAUAUCUCUUCAAUGAGGAUGAUUUGGAGACACCCGGUUAUGAAAUUACCGAACCCGGUACACCGAUGAUGGCGCGCGCCAAUGACGGUUGGUUCGGCUCGAAGUUAUCGCUUGCAGCGGAAAUGAAUCCAACACGUCUGCGCCAUAAAGUAAUGCGACAAGCUUCGAUCAAAGCGCAUGCGACUGAUCCGGAACACGCCGACGAAUCGCACUUGAAUAAACCGAAUUACUUUAAUCGUAUGCACGAAGAUUAUGAACGUUACACGAGCAAGACUAGUGUUUAUUCGAAAUCGGAGGAGUUUCACUGUACUUGCGCUGAGGAGAAGGCGCUCAUGCAAAAGAUUUCCGACGAGGAAUUGAAACGUGAGCAAGAACGUCUCAAAGCGGAAGAGGAGGCAAAGGAGUUGGCAAAAAGUAAAAUGAAUUUUCUGCAAAAAGUGGUGAUAUUUUUCGACUUGGAUUUACUGCGCGAUUUCACUUUUGUCAAUUUGGUUAUGGGCAUGACCAUUAUGAUGUUUGCCGAAAUGAAUUUCUCCGUACUGACACCCUUUAUUUUAAAUGAAUACGGUUUCAAUAACGAACAGAUCUCGUUGGCCAUGUCCACACUGGGCGGCAUGGAUAUUUGUGUGCGCUUCUUAGCUCCAUUCGCACUGGAAAAGGUCAAACUAGAUAAUCGCGUAUUGUUUGCUUUCGGCAUUAUUGCCAUCGCCUUUGGUCGAUUGUUUGUCGCAUUGUCAAGCUCGUAUUAUGUUGUAUUGAUAUUUUUCAUACUCAUCGGCUUUGGCAAAGCUUUCCGCACUAUCUUCUCGCCGCUCAUCAUUCCCUCAUAUGUGCCAUUGAAGCGUUUGCCGGCUGCGUCUGGGUUGCAACUGGUUUUCAAUACCCUAUUCUCUUUGGCCGCAGGCCCUAUACUUGGCACAAUUACGGAUGCGACCAGUUACACAACCACCAUACACGUACUCAAUUUGCUAACCGUUCUUGCUUUAUUGCUUUGGAUCUUGGAGUCGAUUGUGCGGCGCAUGCUCGGCAAGAAGCGCAAAACUACAAUGGAAGGUUGAAAGGUUGUGGUGUUAAAAUUUCACUGAUCUUUGCAGAUGUGAUUGAUUUAUUUUUUUGUGCAUUUGCUUUUGGAAAUAUCUUGAAUCAACGCCCAGUAAGUUUGUAUGCUUUAAGUACCACGUUCAGUUAAGUGUAUAUACUUAAGCAGGUGAUUUUAUGCGUGUGUGAGUUUAGGUUAGUUUUUGGUGUAUGUACUUGUAACCCACAUCUGCUUUAUAUGCGGAAAUUGUUUUCAUAAAUAUUUUUGUAGUGUGCACACACAUUCUACUACUUUCAAUAAUAUACAUAUUCAAAAAAAAUACAUUAUAAUAUUUAGUGAAAGUUCCGCUACUUGCAUUUCUACACUUUCAUAAGUUCAGUUCAGUCAAUUAAGAUUUUAUUACUUAGUAUGCUUAGCUUUUAAACACUAGUUAUAAGUAAAUGCAUUUAGAAAUAUUGUAAUCAAUAAAAGUUAUUUUUAAAUUUAAGUUCAUGUAUGUAUAUUAAUAAGUAUGUAUUUAUACAUAGACGAAACGAAAAUAAAUUAUUUUUCUACAAUUUAAA